AUGACGUGGUCUCCAUCUGGUAGACAUUUUCGAUCUCCUGGCUCAAGUCCUGAAACUUACAGAAGGAUCAUACAUACUGAGGAUGACUUCCCACCCAGAAAGACAGAUAAUGAGGAGGAGUUCUUUAGCGGUCGCAGGAGUCCAACUUUCCCGAGAAGAAUCUUCAAGGAAGUAUGGAACGAAUCUCCCAACCAUCGCUUCCCUGAUCGACCUAGAAUGUUUAAGAGGGUUUUCAAACCAGGUCGCUGGGACAGCGAAUUCGAUGGCGACAUUCCUAACAUAAGAAGAGUGGAACGGCAGUUUGAUCAUGACUUUGAAGACGGAAGGCCUUCAUCGAGAAAAUUUGAUGAAGAAUUCGACAAGCGCUUCAGCGCGCGUGAUCUUCAGAAAGAUCUUGAGGAAGAAUUUGAGAAAGCUGAAGGCAGAGUCCAUCACAUACCAAUAAUGGUAGAACGUAGGAUGGAAGAAAUGAAAUCACGUUUUGAAAAACCUUCGAGCCCUGAAGAUCUCGGUGUCAAUUCUCGGUAUAACCAUCAUCGCGUUCCAACCAGUGGAAGACCUAGAGCUUUUACAAAUCCUACGCAAGAUUCGUGGGAUCCUCACGCUAUCCAUACGCUUCCAACAAGAAGAAUCCAUAAAAGUUCUCAGAGCUUCGACGAUUCGAGACAUCCGGUACCACCAAAAUCAGUAUUCCGCUCUUAUUCGGAAACACACGAAGACAUCCCUAGGCAGCAGCAGCAACACUCAGCAGCUUUCCGAUCGCACUCGGAUGGACACUGUCCAAAACAAACAUACGUUACUAAAAUUGAAGUCAAGUUACCUUCCCAAAAAGAACGAGAAGAGCUGUGCUCAACUAAUAUCCAAACCAAAGGUGAUUCUUAUGAUGAUCAGGUGAAACCCCAGAGGCAAAAUAUUCCAAAGCACCAAGAAUGUGAAGGGAACGAAAAUAGAAAUACGAGUCAAACUUCUGAGACUUAUGAGGAACGUAAACCAAGAAAAAAUAAGUUCGACAGCCCUUCUCUUCAACAGAUAGCUGUUAUUCUGCAGAAUGUAGAAGAUCUUGUCGUGCGCGUUGAGGCAUACAAUGGAACUGGUAGGGAUAAACAGUUUCGAUUCCUCGAUGAAAUGUUAACAAGAUGUAUGCUACGCCUCGAUGAUAUAGACACCGAAGGAAGAGAGGACAUUCGAAGUGCUCGCAAAGCUGCAGUAAGGGAAGUUCAGUCUUGUAUCGACAAACUGGAAGCCAAAGCAGAUGAGAGUGAACGCCGCCAAAAGGAAAAGGAUUCCGAAUCGAAAAGUAGUGGAAAUUCAGUUGAUCAAAGUGAUGAAAAUCAAAAUAAAAUGGAAGAUAAAAAAUCCUCAGAAGAACUGAAAAAUGACCAAAAAGAAGAAACAGAUAAAGUAGAUGAUAAUGAGCAAACGAAACUGUAGACUUUAGGUACACACUAAGUCGUUUUUGACCGGAAAAUAAUUCUAUGAGCCCUCUUAAGGGGACUCAUGCACCUUAAAACCCAUAAGGUGUUCGAAUAGGUGACUGUUGCAAGAAUUGGGAUAACUUAUUUAUUUUAAAAGCAAUUACUACCAACUUUUUACAGCUGACUACGUAAUA